UGCGCGCGCACGCGCUUAUGGUACGUGUCGAAAUUUCUUUUGACACAUCUCUUUUGAUAUUGAAAACAUUACAUUUUAUACAAUAUACAAAAUGAGACUCGUCCUAUUUCACAAUACAGCAUAUACAUAGUCAAGUGACUAUGCGUAUCUUGUAUUAUUUUGAAUCGUUCUGAAUCACGAUCUCGCGAUUCUGGCACGGGCGCGGCCGCGCUCGCGCGGCCCUGUCUAUUUCGGUGAAUCGAAAUCAUUUUUCGAUGCACCAUGUAAGGAGCGUAGGAAACGAUCUCUUCAUUCACUCAUCGCGAUAAUCAGAAAAAAUAUGUCACUAUAAUGUUGGAGACAGUUGCAAUAAAUUGUGUAUACUUCUGUGAUGUGCAUACAUACACAGCAUAUACACAUACACACACACACACAUAUACACAUCUUGUAAAUAUAGUGAUCGAAAAGUUACAUAUCAGUCGUAUUCGUUUGAUGACGAAAAGGCCGAGAGUGGGGAAUCUAUUUAUAAAAUGGAGAUAUGUUUCAUGCCGCAAACGUCCGCAGUCCCAUAGCGGAGAUGUGACACUAAUUUAUUAAAAUAAUCAUAAAUAUAAAUGCGCGCGCGCGCACUUGUGUGCGAAUGGGUACGUAUGUACAAGCGACAUAUCGAGUAUCAUGACACCAUGUACUUUUCGCAUAUAGAGGUAUACAGACAUGUCUUUCCGCGUGGUGCGUACCAGCAAAUUCCGCCACGUGUACGGAACUUCUCUGAAACGUGAACAAUGUUACGACAAUAUUAGAGUGUCAAAAUCAUCGUGGGAUUCGACAUUUUGCGCCGUCAAUCCCAAAUUUCUCGCUAUUAUCGUAGAAUCGGCAGGUGGCGGUGCCUUUAUCGUCUUACCGCACAAUAAGAUAGGAAGAAUACCAGCAGACUAUCCUUUAGUAGGUGGACACAAAGGACCUGUGUUAGAUAUUGCAUGGUGUCCUCAUAACGAUAAUGUCAUAGCUUCUGGUUCUGAAGAUUGUGUUGUCAAAGUAUGGCAAAUACCUGAUGGAGGUAUUUCUAGGACAUUAACUGAAUCAAUAGUAGAUCUACAACUACACCAACGCAGAGUCGGUUUAGUGUUAUGGCAUCCAUCCGCAUUAAAUGUGUUGCUGACAGCUGGUUCAGACAAUCUUGUUAUUAUCUGGAAUGUUGGUACAGGAGAAGCCUUAGUACGCAUUGACUAUCAUCCAGAUGUGGUUUAUUCCGCAUGUUGGAAUUGGGAUGGAUCUCGAUUAGUCACUACAUGUAAAGAUAAAAAAAUUAGAAUUUUGGAUCCAAGAUCAGGUGAAAUAUUAGAAGAAGCAAUAGCUCAUGAAGGAAGCAAAGCAACUCGUGCCAUCUUUUUAAGGGGUGGCUUAAUCUUUACGACAGGUUUUAGUAAAAUGUCAGAAAGACAAUAUUCUUUGCGAGCUCCCGACAUGUUGGGCGAGCCGAUAGUUAUGGUAGAAUUAGAUACAAGCAACGGAGUCAUGUUUCCUCUGUAUGACCCUGAUACAAAUUUAGUAUAUUUAUGUGGCAAGGGUGAUUCUGUGAUCCGAUAUUUUGAAAUUACACCCGAACCGCCCUUUGUUCACUACAUCAAUACUUUUCAAACUCCUGAUCCUCAACGAGGUAUAGGAAUGAUGCCAAAACGAGGCUGUGACGUUAAUAGCUGUGAAAUAACCAGAUUUUAUCGAUUAAAUAAUUCGGGCUUUUGCCAAGUGAUAUCUAUGACAGUGCCGAGAAAGUCUGAGCUUUUUCAAGAAGACUUAUAUCCCGAUACUCCCGGUGACACAGCUGCAAUCUCAGCAGAAGAAUGGCAAUCUGGCACCGAUGCUGAACCUGUAUUGAUAUCCCUAAGAGAUGGUUAUCAGCCGUCAGCUUCCAAAAACGAACUUAAAGUACAAAAGAAAUCUAAUAUAUUGAGUAAAGGAGCCAAGGUUGCGUCAAAUGCCGCGCAAGAUACUGCGCAAAUUUCACCAGGAGCUUGUGAAGAAUUAUUGAAAGAAUGCAGAGAAGAGAUAAGGAAAUUAAAAGCUGUAAUCGUGAAGCACGAAGGAAGAAUACGAGUGUUGGAAUCGGCAGUCGCACUUCAAAUGAAAGAGGAAGAACGGAAAGAAAAAUCGGCUUCUCCGGAUUGCAAAGAAACACUCGCUUCUGACGAAGUAUAAAAAUCUCCAGAUUUUGUUUUUUGACAAGAUUCCGGUGUGACAUUGCAUCUCUAAAGUGAAAACGUAUUUUUCACUAGAAUCACUAAUAUCCUAUAAUAAGAACGAUCGUAUAUUUUGAUAUAACAACUUGUGUAAAUAGUAGGUUUUAGCAAUGCCGUGUGUCUUGACUCUCUGCAACAAUAUUUGCUAUUUAUUGUACAUCCACAUUCAUCGUACAUUCUUUGCAUUUGUAUUAUGUUUACAUGCGUUUUAUAUAUAUAUAUAUAUAUAUAUAUAUAUAUAUAUACACACACACACACACACACACACACACACAAAAUUUUAGAGGUGUUUGCCAUACAUUAUAAUGUAUGUCCUUAGAAUUAAGUUUUUGCUCUAUACAAUGAUAUAACAAGACUUUUAUUUAUAUGAACCUUUGUACGAAUACCGUUUUGUGACGUACAAGAGUGUCUAACUUGUACAGAUAUUUGCUGUUAAAUAACAAAGAGUAUUAUAUUUUGUUUCGAUAUGUGA